AUGGAUAACGAUGAUUUAAUGAAACAUUGUAUGAAUAUUCAAAUCUUGCUAGAAGUUGGCGAUACAAAAGAUAUAAAUGGUAUAGAAUUGUUUGAUGAAUUGAUUAUUCUUUGUGAUAUUAUUGAAGAAGACACCCUACCUUUAAAUGUCUUAGAAAAAAUACUUAAUUACAGUGCAGACGACUUAUACUGUAACGUGUUCAUAGUACUAAGAAUAUUGUUAACUAUGCCUGUAACUACUGCUUCAGCUGAAUGUUUUUUUUCUAAGUUGAAAUUAAUAAAAAAUUAUCUCCGAAGCACUCUGUGCAAAGAAAAAGUCACCAACUUGUCUAUAAUAUCUAUUAAAAAGGAAAUUUCUAACCAACUAAAAUAUGAUAAUAUAAAUAUAUUUGCUGACAUGAAAAGUAGGAAGGUUAAUUUAUAAUACAAAUUGUUUAUUGUUUUAGUAUUUAUUGACUAAUUGUGUUAAUAUAAUAAUAUUAACACAAUUAGUGUUAUAAUUAUAUUAUAAUUAAUUAUAUUAUACUAAGUAUAAGUGUUCUAUUAAUUAAUUAAUUCAAUUAUUCAUAAUAUUGUAAGUAGAAACUAUACUAUUAAAGCAAAUUAAGCUUUGUAAUACAUUAUGUGUUUAUCAAAAGGGUAGUGUAGUAACUUAAAAAAUAAAAUUGUAUUUCUCCUUUACUAUGGUAAAAAUGCAAUUAUUUAUGAUGAACUACUGUAUUUUCUUGAAUAAGUCAAGCGAGAAAAUAUGGUAAGGUAUCAAUGAUAAUAAUAGGUUACAGUAAGUCUGUAAAUGCAAUAUUAUACUUGGUAUCUCAAAAUACUAUUCAAUUAUUGUAUUAUAAUUUAUUCAAAUAGUUUUAAGCUUAGUUUAGACUAUUAGUCCAAUAUACACUAAUGUAUUAUCUCAAAAAAAGUAAAUUUGGUUAAAAUAUGUGUAAAAUCUUUAAAAUCGAGUGUAAAAGUAUUCAUUUUUUCUAUUCUAAUAAUCAUGUAAUAUACAAAUAACAUAUGAUGUUUAUUUUCUUUUUCUACGAAAAAAUUGUCUACCAGCAUUAUUGCUCCGUUUUACAAUGAUAGCACUUUUUCUGAAAGAAAAUCUGACUGGGGUGGUACUUUAAGAAGGUAUUUUUUGAUUUUCCCAAUAAAUGAGGAAAAAUGAGAAAAUAUUAAACAAUAUUAAACAAACAUUACGAAAGAAAAUAUAUAAUGUAUACAUAAUUAUUUUAUUAUAAUAUGACAUAUAUAUUGUUGACAAAUCUACACUAUCCACCAAACUCCGCUUAGAAUCGUUUUCUCAUUAGCAAUGGUUUAUCGUUGCUUACAGAUAUACAUUAAAUUUCAACUCUACUACCUUCCCAACUACACAACUAUAACAGUGGCUGUAUCUGUCCCCAUUAUCCUAGGAUAGCUUUUUAAGUUUAAAUUUUAUUAAUAGCAUAGUUUAUUCUAAUUUGUAAUCUGCUUGCAAAGCAUUAAGAUUACUUAAAGAUGAUGGGCAUUAUGAUAAUAUAUUACAAGAAGUAUCAUUAUCAAACAUGACAUGUAAAAUAAGAUUAUCUGUUUGCAUUGUCAGCUAAUUGACCCAUUAAACUUGUGGUUGGAUUAUAGACAUAUCUUAGCUAAUGUUUUAUUCAAAGAAAAAUUGGUAAAUCCAGAUGCUAAAUUUAAUGAUUUAAUUUACGAGUACAACAAAACUUCAAUUCUAAUAGAAGACAAAUUGAUAGCUUUGAUUGGAAAUUACCUCAAACAUAAUCAAAUACAAAGUCCUCCCAAAAGUCCAAUUGACACAGCAAAUUUAAAAAGUUUUAUAUAUUAUUAUGAAAAAGAACAAAAUGAUAGUAUUUCAAUUAUUAAAAAUCAACUUACAUUUAUUCAAAAAUAUAUUUAUAAUACAAUUUUGGAGAAUAUAAAUUCCCAAAAUAGUAGUUUAUAUUCUUUGGUGCCCCAGGUGGCACAGAAAAAAUAUAAUUUUAGUGCUAAAUUUAAUUAA